UGUGUAGAUUACCCUCUAUUUAGGCUGUGUUUGCGCGUGAAAGGAGAGGAGAAAACUCCACUGUACCGUUUAUCUUGAAUUUCCUCUCCGUUUGGUAGGAUUAACGGCCAAUAGAAUAUUUCACUUUCAAAUUUUGAAUUCGCAUCAGGAAGAGUUCCAGACUCUUAUCCGUCCAGAGAUGAUUGCUUGUUUCCAUAGCAAGAGAAAAGACCGCUAGAGAGAGAAACAGAGGGGAGAAAGGAGAGAGCACAGAACCUCGCCGGGAGUAGCAUCGGUCAUCUUGGAACAAUGGACGGUAUUCAACCUCCAUUUAAUUGUAGAUCGGGAUCCUGAAGCAGAUCACUGUAGUCUCAUCUGUUUCAUUGUGCAGCAUUUCAAUAGGGUUUGCCUCCGACCUUUUCUAAGUCUUAUCUGUUUGUCGAAAUUCACCUUGCUUCUUCGUGGGCUUACGUUUCUUUUUUUCACAACCCUAAUAAGUUGAAUGACGUUUCGGAUGCCAUCAUGCGAAGUUUUGGAUUAUUGCUUGUUUCCAUAGAGAGAGAAAAUAACGUUAGAGAGAGAAACAGAGGGGGAGAAAGGAGAGACCACAGAACCUCGCCGGGAAUAGCAGCGGUCAUCUUGGACCAGUAUUUUCUCCGAGGGUACCCAGCACUACUAGCAGCGCCUGAGAGAUAGCACCCAGACCAUCUCCCAUCGCGGACGGUAUUCAACCUCCAUUUAAUUGCAGAUCCGGAUUCUGAAGCAGAUCACUGUAGUUUCAUCUGUUUCAUUGCUCAGCAUCUCAGUAGGGUUUGCCUCCUACCUUUUCUAAGUCUCAUCUGUUUGUCGAAAUUCACCUUGCUUCUUUGUUGGGCUUACAUUUCGGAUGCCAUCGUGCGAAGUUUUGGAACACCCAGGUGAAGAAUAUGGUGGUUGAUUUCUCCGGGAACCUUUCCGAGGGGAUCCGGCGGAUUCAGGAAGCCAUCGAAGGUCUGCAUGUUGGCUUUCUCAUCAGCAACGUCGGCAUAUCCUACUCCUGUGCGAGGGUUUGAGAUCGUCUUCGGAAUCCUAUUCGAAGUUGCAGAUCCACGGUUCGGCGUUUGAUUGAGCAAUGGGGAAUCCCACUCUCUCUCUCUCUCUCUCUCACACACACACACACACACGCGCGAGCGCCCGCACACUUCUCAGCAUAAUCCACUUCGACAUGAAACGUUGAAAAUCUUUCUUUCUUUCACGCGGUCUAUUUUCUUUUCUUUUCUGCUGUUUCCAUUCACAUGAAUUUUUUAUUUUCUUUUGUAGAUUUCUUUCUUUUCUUGGCAUCCAAACACAGCCUAAUGGCCCUUUUCUUCACACACGGCAUGGAUUUUAUAACGUUUGAUUGGAAUCAGAUGAUGUGCUCUUUCAGUCUCCUGUGGAUCGAGUAGUCGAAACCUUUCUGGUAAAAUUAGACGUGCAGUCGUACCUCAGUCUCGCAGCACGGUAUCCGAUUACCGUCAGCCUGAUCUUUCAUGGCGUCCUCCAGCAAAAUAGAAGACGAUGGAGAAGAUGAGAUCUCAGAAGAGGAGAAAUGAACUUAUUCCACUUAAGGAAGUAACAUCUUUCAAAUCAUUAAUUUCUAUGGACUUGGUCAUGAAGAGAUCCGCAUAUGCCUUUCUAAUUGUGUCAUCAUCUCAUAGUCUGGGAGUUUUUAUUAGAGGACAGAACGUGGUCUUUUCGUUUCGUGAUGCAGCUUGAAGGAUUUGAUGAUUUUACUCUUGCCUCUUCAUGGGAAAGGUUCAUAUCUGAAAUUGAGGCUGUUUGUCGGUUGUGGUUGGCUGAUGGUCCAAAGAAUUUGUUGGAAAAGGGAGCAAUUAACUUGGAUUCUCCCAAAAACUUAUAUAAGGUGAAAUUUGAAAUGAAGUACAAUAUGAAAAGCUAUUGCAUGGAGUACUUCUUUGAGGCCAACAGUGAUGGUGAAACUGUGAACUGGAAUGAUGAUUUGCAUGAUUUGCAGUUAUCUUUUGGGGUAAAGAAGUUUUUGGUGAUUGCACCUAUAAGUGCUAGUGGGGUGGUCCUUGAUGCACCGGAGGCUAGUAAACUUCUAAGUGCAGUUUCGAUUGCAUUAUCAAACUGUGGCAGUACAUGGCCAGCAUUUGUUCCAGUCCACGAUCCUUCUCGAAAAGCAUAUAUUGGCAUCCAAAAUAUGGGGACUGUUUUUACUAGAAGGUUUGAGGCAGAUCGCAUUGGCAGCCAAGUUCCUGUUAGACUCAUGCAUUUGGAGGGGUUAUAUGAGCUAUUUGUUUCUAAGUUUUUCUUAGGCUCUAUAAUGUUGAGUUCUUUGGCACAAAAAAUCGGUGCUCUGAACUCUCAGAAUUGCUUCUGAUCAAAAGGCAGAGAAUCACAUGGGUCGUUUAAGUGAGGAGGGGCAUCAAUGUCAAAUGCCACUUCAAACAUAACAUUCCCCUAAAAAACCUCUCAUUACUCCUUCGUUCCUCUCUAUGCUUGAGUACGAAGUUGCAGAAGUGAGCGGCGAUUUUUUGCACGAGUUGAAGAAGUUCGCGGCGACCUCGAUCUCAACCUCUUCUCCUAAUUCGGUAAGUUAUCUUCAUAAUUUCUCUGCAGUCAAAGCUCUUGUUAUACAGUUCAUGAGUUGAAAAAGUAGAAUCUGCAAGAAUUAAGUGAGGAUUUCUCAAGUUAGGGUUUUGGAAAACACCCAACCCAACAAACAAGCCUUGAUGAACCAGCCGUUUUUGUUCAAUUGUUCCUUCCCUCAAUAAAUACUUUUGUGAAACAAAAACUUAUGGCUGGUGAUGAUCGAUUGUUAUGGGAUCCAGUGAUUGAAGGUUCAAAUUCUCGUUUUUGGGAUGGGGGCUCUUGUUCUAGUUCAAGGAGGAGAAGGGAGGGGAAGAAGCUAAAGAAGAUUGCGGUAUUGUGCUUCUCUAAUUUGUGAUCUAAGCCUUCAAAUCUCAUAUGGGGUUUUCUUUCUCUGGGCAAUGCUGAAUGAAUAAUAACUGGUACAUGCAAGAUAAAUUUGUUCACCUCCUGAUCACUCAAUUCAUAAGUUUAAGGCUUCUCCUUCAACAAUUUCUGCUAAUACUUUUAUUACAUUGUAAAAUUGUAAUAAUAAAAUGGGUUGUUGCUCAAAUGUCACAAUUUGAGGCUUGCUCAUCGUUUCUCGCUCGUUUCUGUGAUCCGUUUUGGCAAUUGGAUGGCAUUUUCUGUGAAUAUUUGUUUCUAACAGAAACGAUUAUGUUAAGUGCGAACCAUACAGGUUUCUAUUUCUUCCAGGUUACAAAAACUAUUUUUUUUUUCAGCUUUACCAUACAGCAUUUAAGGCUCAAAAUCACUCCAAAAUCAUAGAAAUACAAAAAAGUGUGCCGAACCCAUCAAGUUUUUAAAACAGAAACGUCACAGUACAGAUCCUAGGCAACCGAAGGCGUUGGAGGGUGCCCAGGUGACAAGGCGCCCGCCUAGGUGCACUAGGCAUGUAGUAUAUGACUAUUUGUAAUAUAGCAAUGAUAAUUAUAUGUAAUAUGCUUAUAUGCAACAUAGAAGCCAUAUCAAUAUGAUAUAUUUAAUGGCCUAAUUUGUGAAAACCAGCAUGUAAUAAUAGACAAGCAAUAGGAUAUAAUAUAAGCAUAUUCAUCCAAAAUUAAAUAAUAAACAUAAAUCAUUAUAAACUUGUGAAGUGUCAACAAGGCAUGUUGUCGCCUUGGACCCAAGAAAGAGCCUGGAUGCCUAGGCAACGGCUUGACAAGUAUGCUAUGGAGGUUACAUUUUUUGGCUACACAAAUUAAGAGAAUUUAUCGGGUAUGGUUAUCAUUUGAUGUCUAUAUAAUUGAGUUUAUCGGGUCUAUUGUUUCAUUUGUAUGACUUAAGUGGGCCUUGAGUAGUAAUUUGGAGCCACAAUUUUUUGUGACUUUCCAUUGCUUGUUUAUUGAAGUCUUUUAUUUUUCUUUUACUUUUUUUUAUUUUUUUAUUUUAUUUUUGGGUGGGGGGAGGGUUGAGAAGCUUAUAAUCCUGGAUUUCAAUUGGGGAGAAAAGGCAGGUUAUUCAUGUGGUAUUGGAAAAUCCUGACUUAAUCAGGCGAUGGCAUGGUUGCAGGUCUGACUUUGAGGAUCCAAACAUAAGCCUGGGAAGAAAGAAAGAAAGAAAUUGUUGUAUGAAGCUUUUAACAUGUUUAAUCAUAGUUUUUAAGGCGGUAAGGUGACGGAGGCAUUUGAGAGUCUUUCGGAGCGCCUUAGCGAUACGGCGGGCAUAAAGCGUUGCCUUAUC